CGAAAACCAAGAACAAGGUAAGGAGAUUCACUUAGCAUUGCUUUAUCCCAUGAACUCAAAAUACUCCACGAAGGAUUCGUGUGGUUGACGUAGUGGAUGAUAGAUUAUAUAUCUCAUUUACAACAUACUAUCGUGGAGUAGAGAAAAACUGCAUUCGCUCUCAAAAAUGAGGUCAGCAGGGACGCGGGAAGACAUUUGCAGGAGCCGGGAGCAGGGACGAUUCAAUGUUGGGGCUGCUUAGAGAACAAAAUGCACUUAGAGAAAAAACUGAACGAGAGCGAGCCAAAGCUGGUAAUUUUGUAGUUCUGUUGAUCAGCGAUACUGCGACUUAGUAGAAGGCGUUACGGCUUUUUCUUCAAACUUGAAUUUUUCUUCGCAGCUUCCCAACUGAUGAGAUUUCCUGAGGUCAUUAUUUUUACUUAUAGCAUUCUUCGACUUGCCCAGUAUAUUUCUCUGCUCUUUCACCUCCACUCAGCUUCUGUGCAGUGCCCAGUCAUAAAGGCGUACGGGUUUGUCGAGGACUCAUCGGGAACAUCAGUGACGGUCAAUUGUCCUUCUUUUAUUGACGCCCUCGCCCUCCCUAAGGCUGACAAUGAUGAAUCCCACGCGCAAGCUGAGUAUGCCAGUCUUCAACAUUUGAAGGCGUGUGAAUUACUGUUUCACUCGGAUAAACAAUCGGGCGAGAAUCGACAGCUUGUUUGCCAAGAAGACGGAGUUAUGACCACAGGGAGUAACAAAAAAUACGUACCUAACAGCCCACUCAAGUACCACUCAAGUACCGAGCUGACACGCCUCCGUGGGUUUUUGACUUGUCUAAUUAUCAUUAUUGUCACUGUAAGUACCCCCGCAGUUUUUCUGCUUGUCAUACAUAAAAUGCAUAGCAAUACUACAACAUGGAUGACAGCAUCAGCCUCCAAGUCCAAUGUUCCUUUGGCCCCCGUGACCUUCUAAAAACAAGAAGCUGGAGACGAGAGUGAGGGAAAUGGCCACAAAAAUGCUUCACGACUAUGACAGAGGCGAAUUGGCGGCGUGCUUGAAUAGGGAAGACGCCAGAGAGAUAUGCGAUAAGAUACAGCUCAAGGGACUACGGUUGAUGCUUUCUGAUAACCGAAUAAGUAAGUACCGUGGCCCACCCGCAUCCGCAAGCGCAGGUAUUUUUUGACAUUUUCACUUAGUAGUAGUUCUACUUGUUGGAAGUAGAGGGUUGGCGUCGUCCUCCUUGUUUUUUACUUUACCCACUUCAGCACAAUGCAUGUGACUGGCCAGGCCCUUCAGAUUCUUGGAUAACUUUCGACCCACUACAGGCACGACAGGACAGGCACCGCCACCACAAGCACCGCCACCACAGCCACCACAGGAAGGGCCACCGGGAUGGAUCGAGGAGUUUCUUCCGAGCUGGGGGUUUGAUUUUCACUUGGGUCUCACGCGUUGUAUAGAGAAGGUUCAAGAAGGCCUCAAAAAAAGAUCCACCAACACCCGCAAAGAAACAGAAGUUGCUGCAGCACGUCGAAGGCAAACGAUGGCGAAGAAGGUGGG